AUGAAGGCAAGAGCGCUGGCGUGCGAUUGGCGGGAGGCCGGCGCGGGGGGCGUGGUCUGCGCUGCGAUUGGCUUAGAGUUGGGGCCGGUUCUGUCUUUGGGCUGUUUUCGUGCAGUGUUUUCGUCGUUCGAAUCGUUUCGCCAUUUCUUUCACUCUUUGUCUCAAAGAAAAGCAUUUUUCGCGAAUUCAAGUGUUUUUUGGCGCAAAAAACCGCAGAAAAUGUCUUCAGAAUCGGGAGAACCAGUGGUUCAGCAGAACAACAACUCCGCGGCCGAAGAGUCGCCGUUGAAAGAGACGAAUAACGCGAAGAACGACUCUUUGAAGCGAACGGCGAAUGAAUUCAGCGAAGACUCGAAUUCGGUUCUCGAGUCGCAGGAAGAGAACAAUUCGGGCAAAAAGCAGAAGACUCGGGAAAACGGCACCGAAGACGAGUCCAACGACGCGCCCGAAGCCGGUAAGCAGUGA